GAUGAUCAGAAGCUUCUUCAUCACCUCUGCUUUUCUCCUGAACCUCAUGUUUGACUGAAGGAAGAUGAGAAGACCAGUGGUUCCUGUUCCUGUGGUCCUUUGUGCUGUGAUGCUGAUGAGCGCUGGGGCUAAAAACUGUGUUUGCAAUGGACAAUUGCGUUGUCACUGUGAAGGAGUGAAGGGCAACAGGGGCGACAAAGGUUUUCAGGGAAUUCAAGGUCUUCCAGGACCAGAGGGCCGUCCGGGAUCAGAUGGUCGUGUUGGACCAAUGGGAUUUCUGGGAAACACUGGGCCUGAUGGACCUGCGGGGCCAAAAGGAGAUCUGGGACCUGAAGGUAAAGAAGGAUUUGCUGGGGCCCAUGGUUUUCCUGGUUUACCAGGUGUACAAGGACCUCCAGGCCCUCCGGGUUUCCCAGGAUGCAACGGAACCAAAGGAGAUGAUGGACACCCUGGUGUUCCUGGAGCAAAUGGCCGGAAUGGAAACCCGGGCCCACCAGGUUUACGUGGACCAAAGGGCGAUACUUUGGUGUCUGAGCCUUUUGUGGGGCCACCUGGUAGAAAAGGAGACCCGGGUCUGCAAGGUGAGCCUGGAAAUCCAGGAGAACCUGGAGACCGUGGACCAAGAGGAUCAGACGGACAUUCCGGCCGUCCAGGGCCUCCAGGAUCCAAGGGUCAGGAAGGCACUGGGGGUUUUCCAGGACCUCGUGGACCAAAGGGCAGAACAGGACCAUCUGGAUCACCAGGGCCACCAGGACGGAUUAGGGAGUUUUCCACUGAGACACAGGACCAAAUUGAGGGAGUGAAGGGGGAUAAAGGGGACGCAGGAGAAAAGGGCUGCAAGGGUGAAAGAGGGGCCGUCGACGAAAGCUCUCACAUCAAAGGGUCAAAAGGAGAGAUUGGACAGCAAGGCCCGGAAGGAAAACCUGGUAAGAACGGUGACCCUGGCCCAGCUGGACAUCAGGGAAGACCUGGUCCUAGAGGUGAUCCAGGGUAUCCAGGGAGACAAGGAGGAGUGGGGGAAAAGGGAGCGCAAGGUUCAACAGGUCAACCUGGAAAAGUGUACGGAACUGUUCCUGUGCCACUUAAAGGAUAUCGUGGAGACCCUGGACCCCCUGGUCAUCAAGGACCCCCUGGACAUCAAGGUGUUGUGGGUUUUCCUGGACCAGAUGGACUUCCAGGCCGUGUAUCUGGGAUUCCUGGACCAGGUCCACAAGGUCCUCCUGGAUUCAUAGGUCCAAAGGGAGAACCUGGAGAGCCUGCACAAUAUAAUAACGGACCGCCAGGUGUAGACGGAGAUCCCGGUGAUCCAGGACCUCCCGGUGAUCCAGGCCUACCUGGACCCCCAGGAGACAGAACUAACAGAGUAACCAAAGCUCUACCAGGACCAAAGGGAGUGAAGGGUGUCCUUGGACUUCCAGGUUAUGAUGGAAGAUUUGGAAUCAAAGGAGUGAAGGGGGAGCCAUGUUAUGAAUGUACAGGACCAGGACCAGCAGGACUACCAGGUCCUCGUGGUCCACCUGGAAGUCCAGGCUACAAUCAGACACCAGGGGACAAAGGUGAUCCAGGAUCCCCAGGACACAGAGGUUCACUUGGAAGACCAGGUCCAGUUGGUGUACCAGGAUUACCCGGCCUUGCAGGGCAAAAGGGAGAAUCCCAGGUCUAUAACACACCUAGAAUUAAGGGAGAGAGAGGCGACCCAGGACAGCCUGGCCUACCUGGUACUAGUGGUAUACCAGGGUUCCCUGGGAAACCUGGUCAUAAAGGCAACCGAGGCCCUCCAGGGGACGCUUAUCCAUUUCCAGGUUUUGUUGGAGACCGUGGUUUCCCAGGUGAACCAGGACCAACCGGCAGACUAGGACCAGCUGGCCUCCCAGGGCCUGUAGGAUAUGGGCCUACUGGACAACCAGGAUAUAAGGGGAAUAUUGGUGUACCUGGUUUGCCAGGAGAGCCAGGAAGUCCAGGCCAGAAAGGAGAACCACUCAUUCACACCAAAGGACUUCCUGGACCACGUGGAUUUCCAGGCCAAACUGGUUCACCUGGAAACCCAGGUCACGAAGGAGUGCCAGGAACCUCAGGAUCACCAGGUCCACCUGGACAGAAGGGGGAACGAGGUCAUCUGUCACUUCCAGGAAAUCAGGGAAUCCAAGGACAAAAAGGAGAAAAAGGGCAGCCAGGUCUUCCUGGUCCUCCUGGUAGGGGUCUGUCUGGCCGACCUGGUCUACAAGGCCCUCCUGGAGCUCCAGGAUUAAAGGGUGAUGGCCAGUGGGAAAAACGUGGUAUCCCAGGUCUCCCAGGGGCCACAGGUGAACCUGGAGCUCAGGGGCCUUCAGGAGAUCCUGGAGGUUCUGGUCGACCUGGGAGCCCUGGUCCAACUGGAACCCCAGGUUUUCCAGGAGAAAAAGGAAGCAAAGGUAUCAUAGGCCCCCCAGGACUGCCUGGGAACAAGGGCUUAUGUAACAUAUCUGGACCAGCCGGAUUUCCAGGACCAGACGGUUAUCCAGGAUUACCAGGACAGAAUGGCUUACCUGGAGAGAAGGGAACUCAAGGUCUUCCAGGGUCAGGUCAUCCAGGUCGGUGUGGUGAGACUGGUGACCCCGGUCCAUCAGUGCUAGGUUUUCAGGGACCUCCUGGACGAAAAGGAUUUAAGGGACAAAACGGUGUACAUGGACAACCAGGUCCAAAAGGAGACCGUGGACCAGAUGGUUUACCAGGAUAUGGACCAGAAGGGCUGCCUGGACCUAUAGGACCACCAGGACAGUUAGGUUCCCCUGGUCGUGAUGGAGCUAAGGGUGCCCAAGGUCCUCCAGGCAUCCCUGGGGAGCCAGGACUGAGGGGUCCUUCUGGCCCUCUAUUAGGGACACAAGGAGACACUGGUGUUUCAGGAUACGCUGGUCAAUCUGGUUGCUUUGGAGAUCCUGGAAAUAUUGGGCCAAAAGGACGCAGAGGCUUAGAAGGACCGAGAGGAAGUGCUGGACCAAGAGGGCCUCCAGGGGAUCCAGGCACUGAUGGAUUCAAGUUGUCAAUGGGUACUCCAGGACCUCCUGGACUUCCAGGAGAUCCAGGAGUCUUAGGACUACCUGGUAAAAAAGGACUUAAGGGAGAACCAGGAAUCAGAGGAGGGCCGGGCUUCCCUGGUUCACCAGGUUCUACUGGCCACAAAGGAAUUAAAGGAGAACCAUGUGACUGUGAACAUGGACCGCCUGGAGAAGUAGGACAAAAGGGUGAACCAGGACUAACAAAUACUACUGGGAUGAAGGGUCAAAAAGGUCAACCUGGUGUCAGUGGAAGAGCAGGCAUAUCAGGAAGUGAUGGACCAAAGGGGAAUCCAGGACCUGAUGGAGAAAAUGGUCCCCAAGGUCCUAAAGGAGCUAAAGGCUCAACUGGACCUCCUGGAAUAAAAGGACAUCCAGGACCUCAUGGUCCACCAGGGAUCCAAGGACUACCAGGUGUCCAGGGUUAUCCGGGCCCAAAAGGCAACCAAGGCCGGGAUGGGAUCCCUGGUCCACCUGGACAGAAAGGCGACACCAUUACUAUAGCGACACCAGGAAGACGUGGUGACACAGGUCGACCAGGCCCCCCGGGGAACCCUGGUCCACCUGGCCUGUCCAUGACAGGAAGUCCAGGACCUACAGGAGACAGAGGAACUCCAGGUCAAUGUGGGACCAAUGGCUUAAGGGGAACACCUGGAAGAGAAGGGACAUGUAUUCCUGGAUCAAAAGGAGAUCAAGGCUUACCUGGAAAUCCUGGUCUGCCAGGCAGUCCUGGCAUUCCAGGACCUUCAUAUCCCAGAGAACCUGGAUUAAAAGGAGACAGAGGGAACAUGGGUCAUUCAGGAAACCCAGGUCACAGUGGACCACCAGGAGAUCCAGGUCCCCUAGGACCGGCUGGUGAAAAAGGCAGACCAGGAGGCCCGGGGCCUAAAGGUGAUUUUGGUCCUCCAGGAUUCCAAGGGCCUCCAGGUUGUAUUGGAGACCCUGGAUACAUCGCAGGCCCACAGGGUCCUCCUGGAUCAAAAGGUUUCCCCGGACCUCCUGGGCGAAAAGGUGAACCAAACUUUCCCAGAUUCAAACCUGAGCCAGGACCUCCUGGAUUACCUGGUCUCCCUGGGAACCGAGGACCUGCAGGGAUCAGUGGACUGUUAGGACCGCCUGGACUUCAAGGAAAGCCAGGCAUUAAAGGAGCACAUGGUUCAAGUCCAAUUGGACCUCCAGGUUUUCCCGGCAUCAAAGGAGAUAAAGGAACAGCAGGACUUCCAGGUUUAGAAGGAAGACCUGGAAACCCAGGCCACAAAGGACUUCCAGGACUUCCAGGACUUCCAGGAAGAGAUUUGCCAUGUUUUGUUGACAGCUUUAUGAUAACCAGACACAGUCAGAGCAUUCACGUACCAGACUGUCCUUAUGGCUCCACCCUCAUCUACUCUGGUUACUCCCUUCUCUUCAUCAAUGGAAAUGAGCGAACUCACGGUCAGGACCUUGGCACAAUGGGAAGCUGCCUCCCUCGUUUCUCCACCAUGCCCUUCCUGUUCUGUGACACAGAAAAUAACUGUCGCUAUGCCUCUCGUAAUGACUACUCAUACUGGCUGUCUACUGACACUCCUGUGCCAACCGACAUGGUCUCUGUCACAGAAGAUAGGCUGGCAUCCUACAUCAGCAGGUGCUCAGUGUGUGAAAUGACUUCCAAUGUCCUGGCGGUCCACAGCCAGACCACUCUGAUACCUCAGUGUCCCCAAGGAUGGGAAUCUCUGUGGACUGGCUACUCAUUUGUCAUGCAAACAGGCGCUGGUGCCGGUGGCUCCUCACAGCCUCUGGUUUCUCCUGGCUCCUGCCUAGAACAUUUCCACCAAGUGCCCUUCAUUGAAUGUCAUGGCAAAGGAACAUGUAACUACUAUCCCGACUCCUAUAGCUACUGGCUGGCCUCUGUGGAUCCCAACAAUAUGUUUAGGAAACCAGUUCCACAGACCGUGAAGGGAGACUCUUUACAAAGUGUCAUCAGCCGAUGCCGGGUCUGUAGAAAACCAUUUUAGAAGUUUAAUAUUUUUAUGUUUUGAUGUCUAAGAAAAACUCUUGCUACUGCCAAAUAUCUACUGCCAAUUGCUAUAUCUACUGCAAAUUAUAUCCAUUAUAUUUGAAGGAUUGUGUAGUGUCACCAGAAUGUACUGGUUCUUUAUAGUAAUACGUUUAUAGAGAGAAAUUGUUCUGGUAUUGAACUCACUAGAAAUAGCAGAAAUGUUUCCAGUCCAAGUUUUACAUACUCUUUUUCAAUGUUGAUUUGACUAUAGAUUUACAGUUUAUCCUUUGUUUUUAUCCUUUUAAACUAUUUUAUAUGUGACAAUGUAUUUUGAAUUAAAAACACUCCAGUUGCCUCUGCUGUCUGUGUC